UCCCAUCCAGCCUUUUCCUCGAGUCCGUGGAUUUUGUUCCCUAGGAGACUCUUCCAAGUGGCUAUCGCAAUGCAAUAACGAACCCCAAACGCUGAGACAAGUAUAAAAACAAUAAUUCGGGGGGUAUCGUGGUGACCUAAGGAAGGUGGACUCCCCGAUAUCCUAGCUGAGUAGACAAAGGGAAAAAAUGAAAAUGUAAUGGAUUAGUGAGCGCCGCCUAUCCGAACUGAAUCAUGGAUGAAUGAUGAAGAAUAGUCGCGGCGCCCUACAUGCCCUGUCGAUGCUUGAGUGAUGGGUCUCUGCAGGUUGGUUUCCGGAUGGUUGGGUUUGCGACCAGUGCAGGCUCUUGACUGUGAACCUCGACGGUGGAGCAUAUUGGCGUGUUCAGAGAGGUGAGGAGGGCAGUGUCUCCUCUCCGUCAGCGUGUGUCUCAAGAUAUUUGCAACUUCAGUCUCGUCGCUGCUGUAGGAUCCUCGCUUAAUGGUGGCGAUCGAAACAUCAGAACUAGGGAGAGGAUUGUUGUCUUCUUCGCUGUUCUCCCCUUCCAUGGUAUCACCAUCAUCGCUGCUAAUGUCCUCCUCCGUGGUUUCCCAACCAUCACCGCUGUCAUUGUCGCUGGUGUUCUCAUCGGCUUUGAACAUCUGAGAGUUGGGGUCCAUCUUCAGCAUGUUCUCAAAGGCGGUCUGCCAGGAAUCGAUAUACGGCUUCUCUGCGGGAGCGCCGUUUGUUCGGGUGAAGGCCUUUUCGAUGUAGUUGCUGUCGCCAUACACGGGAGAUUCUGCUUUGAGGAUAAGAUAAUCCGCAAUCAUUUCUUCAGUUAUGGUGGGCGUGUAGAAAUGACCCGUCUUGUUGGCGAUGAUCUUCUCCAAUCGGUCCCUCAGACCACCAGUGACGCGAUUCAACUUGGAAGUGAACGCAUUUGAUUUGCGCUCUUUGCGAGGAUCGAGACAGUCGCCAUUAGGCUCUUUGAACACCUUGCCGGCGAAAUGCUGGUUGAAUCGACUGAGAAUGUUGGAUGUGCGCGGCUGCAUGACACCGAACUUGGCGCCCUCCACGAUGAGCAGGUGGAACAUCAGUUCCAGGAAGCCCUCUUCUUCUUCGUGCCACAUGAUUAUAUUCUUGGACUUCAUGCCAGCACGGCCAUAGAGUUGAUUGCGCCAGGCGUUGAUCUUGGAAAUGUGUCCUGAGUUAUCCCAAUCGAUAUCCGAGUACAC